CCCUUCUACACCCUUCCCUCCUUCUUCUCCCCACCACAGCAGGCGCAGACUCUGGACCAGCAUGCCAGUGCGGACGAUCCCGUGCCAGCUCCGAGCUCCGUCGCCCCUCAAAUGCGCGACACUCCAAUGGACAUCGCUCCCUCCUCCGCCUCCUCCUCCUCCGCCGUCGCUCAGGGUCAUCCCCCAUCCUCAUCGGCAUCCUCCACCAUCUCAUCGGCCUCAUCGAUGACGGCCCCUCCGGCAUAUACCGCCACCGCUAAUAACGCCUCCGCCUCAUCCUCAGCAGCACCUCCAUCUGCAGCCCUCUUUCGUUCCCACUCCGAGUACUCUCCGUCCACACCGGCAGCCCGUAUACCUGUGGUCGUGCCUCCUCCGACCGUCGCGCAACCCUCACCGAGCAUACCUCCCCCUGCACCACCCACCAUCCUGGCGCCCCCUGCCCCUCCAGGCCCCGAGCGUUCCAAUCACUAUCGGCCGCAUGAACCGUUCCUUGCCCACGCGCCUCCACCGCCGGAUACAUGGAUCGCGGUGGAAACACUGACGAGGGAGUACAAUCUGGUUGUGAGGUUGCCUGGCUUCCGCCGCGAUGGGAUCACGCUGGCGACGCGCAGACGAAGGGUAUUGCAUCUUGUGGCGGACUCUUGGGAAUCGGGUGGCGGUCAUUUCGAGCGCAGGAUCUCGUUUGGUUACGAUGCCGACCUGGCGCAGGUGCGGGCUGAGUUUGACGGCGACCUGUUGAGGGUGAUUAUCCCGAGACGCAUGCCGUCGAUGACAUGGUACGGCGAGGCUCGCGAUUGAGCUGUGCCUGUGCCUCCGCACCUCCUGAGUCCAAGCUCGUCAACUACGCCACGCCACGCCACGAUCGUAAGGUUUAUUCAGAAGUAGUCGCUCAAGAGUCGAAGAGUAGAAAAAAGUUCAACUUUACUAGCCACUUAAGUCUCCGUCUCCGUCUCUUACCUGCUUGCUACCUAUCUGGCCGAACCAGCAUUACCAUCACAUCGCACUCGACGGCCCAAGAUCUCAUAAUGUUUUAUAGCUGUUUUCCACUUUUUUGUUCUCCCUCUCUCCCCGUCCGUCCAUCCUAUCCAUUCGAAUACCCCGAGUCUCGGAACGCGAAACGAAACGGCCGGCCGAACGCAUGCAUGCUUGUACACACUUUACCUCCCCUUUCCCCCUCUUCCCCUUCUCUCCUCGCCCCGUCGAUCCUCUCUUUUCAUCUACGCUCGCCCCCCUCUGUCGCCAUACACACCCGCAACGCUCCCCGUAUCAACUUUCUCCCGCCGUCUAUCUGUAUAGUACAGAAGGACUUUUUCGGUUUCAGACCGCUCAUCCUACCCGUCGCCGGUCUUUACGCCACUGCACAGUGUUUUCCCGGUCGCAUCCAACCCAUCCCAAUCCUAACCAAGUAUCCAUACGUCAAUAUUUUU